AAAGGGACGUGGGCGGCGGAGGAGGACGCGAUCCUGACCGAGCUCGUGGCGCGGGAGGGGGCGCACAAGUGGGCCAGCAUCGCCUCCGCUCUCUCGGCUCGCGGAGGCGUGGAGCGUGCCGGCAAGCAGUGCCGCGAGCGCUGGUUCAACAACCUCUGCCCAGAGGUGCGCAAGGGCGGCUGGUCCCCCGAGGAGGACCGCGUCAUCUUUGAGAGCGUGCGCGAGCACGGGACGAGGUGGGCCUUCAUCGUCAAGCUGCUGCCCGGCCGCACCGACAACGCCAUCAAGAACCGGUGGAACUCGGAGAUGCGCAGGCAGAAGCGCCUCAAG